AUGGGGCCUAAAAAAUCAGCCACCAAACCCACGACGGGAAGACUUUCGUGGUAUAAACCGGAAUUUGUUUCGUCUCCGGUUCACAGCCUAGUGAAGAUUGGAGCACGACCUAGUCUGCACGCACAACACGCUGCAACGCCAAACACUCAGAGGCAACAGCCAGGUGGAACGGCAACCCCAACGCCUUCCCAUCCACUCCGUAAUAACUUCACCGCCCGACCGGCUCCCGCCCGACCGACUCCCCCGGUUCAGCAGUCUAUCGGCCCACCUUCUCUUGGUUUGAGGCGGCUGCAAGAAGCUGCAGCAAAAGCCAAGGCUGAACUGCUUGCUGAGCAAGCUGCUGCCAGCCAACGCAUCACAUCAGUGCUAGAUCGGAAUUUGUUGCACAGCAAGCCACAACCUCGGACUGUUCAGCCAACACCUCAGAUUGUCAAGCCAACACCCCAAACCGUCAAGCCAGCACCCCAGACUCUUAAGCCAGCACUCCCAAUUACUCCUACUCGACCACCACCUGCCGUCAAGCCACCAUCCCCUCCUAGGCCACCAUCACCGACCACCUCUUGGCCCCACCCGACUGUAGACCCGGUGCCGGUUCCCCCUACCGCUGUCAGCACCCCAGGUGGCUCUAGUACUCAGGGUCCGCGGACAAAGCCUCCGAUCAAGCCAAUCCUCAAGAACCGUCCUACUAGUAAUCAACCAACUGUAGGCCCGCCCCACGAUCCAGCAGCUGCAGUUAUCGGCUUGGUGAAUGCUAUUGCGAGUAGCCCGGCUGUUCAAGGCACACCAAGCAGAGUUCCUGUGGCCACGACAUAUCUUGAAAAAGAUCCUCUGAAGCCCGGCAGAAAGCACCCACCGGGUGAGAAGCCAGGAGCGAGUCCGUCGGGAGGUGUCGCAACCAGCACAUCGACUUCAUCUUUUCUCGGAAAACCCCCAAUAACACACGGGGGCAGGACAAUCUCAACGAGUACCCAAAAGCGCAAGUUCCCAAGAUUCUGA